UUGAAUGUGGAAAAUGUUGACGUCCAGUCAAAUUCAAAGUGCAGUGUUCAAGUGUUGAGAAUUGUUGUUGUUAGUUGAACAAGAAUAAUAACAACAACAAUAAUAACUGGAGUAGGAUUGAGUUGAAUUCUUUCCGCUCUUCGCUCCGCUCUGUCUCCUCUCUUCUAUUUCAUCUGUCUGUCUGUCUGGAGUGUCGGCUUCUAGGCCCGCAAAAGCCGCCAAAAUUAAGUUCUCAAAGCAGAAUCAACACCACGCAUACCGUCACACGGACAGUCUCUACGACGGUGGCACCGACACCGACGACGACGAAUGUCCAUUGGAGUCGACCACUAUGAAUCCCUACGAGUAUGAGUCCACGCUCGACUGUCGCGACGCGGGCGGCGGCCCCUCCCACCCCCACGCCCACUCCCACUCCCCCUUGCCCUGCCCUGGCACCCUGCCCAUGACAGGACGCCACAUGGCCGGCGCAGGACCAGGAGCAGGACUAGGACCGGCAGCAGGAGCGGGAGCCGCAACAGGAGCAGGUGCAGGUGUCCACAGCCAAACGCUCCAGCAUCAAAACCAACAGAAUUUACAGGCCGCCGCUGCCGCAGCUGCCGCCCAACAGUCGUCACACUACGACUACGAGUAUCAACACUUGCCCCAUCGUCCACCGGAUACCACAGUGAACUCCACGGCGCAACGCACACAUGGCAGACAAGGCUUUCUCUUGGAGGGAGUCACGCCAACGGCACCACCGGAUGUUCCGCCACGUAAUCCGACAAUGAGUCGCAUGAAUAAUGCCCGUUUAAUUGCCGGCGCUGUUGCUAACAAUCCCAAUGAUCUGGGCGUUGACUUUGAGCCAUCGUGUUUGGUGCGGACGCCAUCGGGCAACGUUUACAUUCCUAGUGGAAAUAUAAAUAUCAACAAGGGAUCACCCAUUGAUUACAAGAGCGCAUCGGCCUGUUCCACACCCACAAAAGACACACUGAAAGGGGGCUACGAGCGUAGCACGCAAGGCUGCCCGGUGCUGCCGCCAAGGAGCAUGAACGGAAUGUCCACACAUCAUUACUCGGCGCCGAUGAACUUUCGCAAGGAUCUGCCCGCGUGGUGCUCAGCCCACUGGUUGAGCAUUACCGCGUUCUCAGCCUUUGCGGGAUUGGUUAUUCUGCUGACGCUGCUGACCAGCAUGGGCGUCGUGCAGUGGUCACCGUCGCCGCCCUGCACUGUUUUAGUCGGCAACGAGGCCGCCGAGGUCACGGCGGCCAAGAGCACCAACACGGAUCUAUCCAAGCUGCAUAAUGCAUCGGUACGCGCGAAAAAUGGACAAGGCAUUGGAAUAAUACAAGGACAAGCCGGCGGUGGCAUCUCGACGGCGACUGUCACGACGGCCACUUCGAACAGCGGGACGGCCCAAGGAUUACAGUCGACAUCCGCCUCGGCGGAGGCCACCUCAUCUGCAGCGGCUGCCACUGCAACAUCCUCCUCGCAAUCGUCCCUUGCGCCCUCGACGUCUCUGUCCUCAUCCUUGGCGAAUGCCAAUAAUGGAGGUGCCCGUACUUUUCCAGCAAGGAGUUUCCCACCGGAUGGCACCACGUUUGGUCAGAUAACGUUGGGUCAGAAACUGACAAAGGAAAUUCAACCGUACAGCUAUUGGAAUAUGCAAUUCUAUCAAUCGGAACCGGCCUAUGUGAAGUUCGACUAUACCAUUCCGAGAGGUGCAUCCAUCGGAGUCUAUGGGCGUCGUAAUGCACUGCCGACCCACACUCAGUACCACUUUAAGGAGGUGCUGAGUGGUUUCAGUGUGAGCACACGCACCGCUAGAGCUGCACACCUUUCGAUAACCCGCGAGGUGACUCGGUAUAUGGAGCCGGGACAUUGGUUCGUUUCACUCUACAACGACGACGGGGAUGUGCAGGAGUUGACCUUCUAUGCGGCCAUAGCUGAGGACAUGACACAGAACUGUCCAAACGGAUGCUCCGGCAAUGGACAGUGCUUGCUGGGCCAUUGCCAGUGCAAUCCCGGAUUCGGAGGCGACGAUUGCAGUGAAAGUGUGUGUCCAGUGCUCUGCUCUCAGCAUGGAGAGUAUAUUAAUGGCGAGUGCAUUUGCAAUCCGGGCUGGAAGGGCAAGGAGUGCUCCCUUCGUCACGAUGAGUGCGAGGUGGCCGACUGUAAUGGCCAUGGCCAUUGCGUCAGUGGCAAGUGCCAAUGUAUGCGAGGCUACAAGGGGAAAUUCUGCGAAGAAGUGGACUGCCCACAUCCAAAUUGUUCGGGACACGGCUUUUGCGCCGACGGCACUUGCAUCUGUAAGAAGGGCUGGAAGGGAACUGACUGCGCCACCAUGGAUCAGGAUGCCCUGCAAUGCCUCCCCGAUUGCUCGGGACAUGGUAACUUCGACCUAGAGACCCAAACCUGCACCUGCGAGGCUAAGUGGAGCGGUGACGACUGUUCCAAGGAGCUCUGUGAUCUCGACUGCGGCCAGCACGGUCGUUGCGAGGGCGACGCCUGCGCCUGUGAUCCGGAAUGGGGUGGAGAUUACUGCAACACAAAGCUCUGCGACAGUCGCUGCAACGAGCAUGGUCAGUGCAAGAAUGGAACCUGUCUGUGUGUGACUGGCUGGAAUGGCAAGCACUGCACCAUCGAGGGAUGUCCCAACAGCUGUGCGGGUCACGGACAAUGCCGGGUGAGCGGAGAGGGGCAAUGGGAAUGCCGUUGCUACGAGGGUUGGGACGGACCGGAUUGUGGCAUUGCCUUGGAGCUGAACUGUGGUGAUAGCAAGGAUAACGACAAGGAUGGCCUUGUUGACUGUGAGGAUCCCGAGUGCUGUGCCAGUCACGUGUGUAAGACAUCCCAACUGUGUGUAUCCGCCCCCAAGCCAAUCGAUGUGCUCCUAAGGAAGCAGCCCCCGGCAAUUACCGCCUCCUUCUUUGAGCGCAUGAAGUUCCUGAUUGACGAGAGCAGUCUGCAGAAUUACGCGAAGCUGGAAACCUUUAACGAGAGUCGAUCGGCAGUUAUCCGUGGACGUGUUGUCACCUCCCUUGGCAUGGGAUUGGUGGGCGUUAGAGUAUCGACGACGACUCUUUUAGAAGGCUUCACGCUGACCCGAGACGACGGUUGGUUCGAUCUGAUGGUGAAUGGCGGAGGAGCUGUGACUUUGCAGUUUGGACGGGCUCCCUUCCGACCACAGUCUCGCAUUGUGCAGGUGCCAUGGAACGAGGUCGUCAUCAUUGAUGUCAUGGUCAUGAGUAUGUCAGAGGAAAAGGGUAUGGCCACGACGACAACGCACACUUGCUUCUCCCACGACUACGAUCAAAUGAAGCCUGUGGUCCUCGCCUCCUGGAAACAUGGCUUCCAGGGCGCCUGUCCCGAUCGCAGCGCCAUUCUCGCCGAGUCGCAGGUUAUUCAGGAAUCUCUACAAAUACCCGGAACGGGUCUGAAUCUCGUCUAUCAUUCAUCGCGUGCUGCUGGCUACUUGUCCACAAUCAAACUGCAACUGACUCCGGAUACGAUACCCGCAUCGCUGCAUCUUAUCCAUCUGCGCAUCACCAUUGAGGGCAUUCUGUUUGAGCGCGUCUUCGAGGCCGAUCCGGGCAUCAAGUUCACGUAUGCUUGGAACCGCUUAAAUAUCUAUAGACAGCGUGUCUAUGGCGUCACUACGGCUGUGGUCAAGGUGGGAUAUCAGUAUACGGACUGCAAGGACAUUGUUUGGGACAUACAGACGACUAAGCUGAGCGGACACGACAUGUCCAUUUCGGAGGUUGGCGGCUGGAACUUGGAUAUCCAUCAUCGCUAUAACUUCCAUGAAGGAAUCCUUCAGAAGGGUGACGGCUCCAACAUCUACCUGCGCAACAAGCCCCGCAUCAUACUCACCACAAUGGGAGAUGGUCACCAGCGUCCUCUCGAGUGCCAGGACUGCGAUGGUCUCGCCAUGAAACAGCGUCUCCUUGCUCCCGUUGCCCUGGCAGCUGCUCCCGAUGGCAGUCUCUUCGUGGGUGACUUCAACUACAUUCGUCGUAUUAUGACGGACGGAAGUAUUCGCACCGUAGUCAAGCUGAAUGCAACCCGAGUCUCCUAUCGCUACCACAUGGCUCUGAGCCCGCUAGACGGUACUCUUUAUGUCUCCGAUCCAGAAUCCCAUCAGAUCAUUCGUGUGCGCGACAUCAGUGACUACUCACAGCCGGAACAGAACUGGGAGGCAGUUGUGGGCUCUGGAGAACGUUGUCUGCCCGGCGACGAGGCUCAUUGUGGUGAUGGGGCCCUGGCCAAGGAUGCCAAGCUGGCCUAUCCCAAGGGCAUUGCCAUCUCCAGCGACAAUAUACUCUACUUUGCUGACGGCACCAACAUUCGCAUGGUGGAUCGUGAUGGCAUCGUGAGCACUCUCAUCGGCAACCACAUGCACAAGUCACACUGGAAGCCCAUCCCCUGUGAGGGCACACUCAAGCUGGAGGAAAUGCAUCUUCGCUGGCCCACUGAGUUGGCCGUCUCGCCAAUGGACAACACGCUUCACAUCAUUGACGAUCACAUGAUCCUCCGCAUGACUCCCGACGGACGAGUGCGCGUCAUUUCCGGGCGUCCGCUGCACUGUGCAACCGCUUCCACUGUCUACGAUACCGACCUGGCCACACACGCCACUCUUGUCAUGCCGCAGUCGAUUGCUUUUGGUCCACUUGGCGAACUGUACGUGGCAGAAAGCGACUCUCAGCGGAUCAAUCGUGUGAGAGUUAUUGGCACAGAUGGACGCAUUGCAUCAUUUGCCGGUGCCGAGUCCAAGUGCAAUUGUCUGGAGCGAGGCUGUGACUGCUUUGAGGCGGACCAUUACCUAGCCACCAGUGCGAAGUUCAAUACCAUUGCCGCCUUAUCCGUUACGCCCGACGGACACGUGCACAUUGCUGAUCAAGCCAACUAUCGCAUACGCUCCGUUAUGUCUAGCAUCCCUGAGGCGAGUCCUUCGCGCGAGUAUGAGAUCUACGCACCGGACAUGCAGGAGAUCUACAUCUUCAAUAGGUUCGGACAGCACGUAUCGACCCGUAACAUUCUAACCGGAGAAACGACAUACGUCUUCACCUACAACGUAAACACCUCCAACGGCAAGUUGAGCACGGUGACGGAUGCAGCGGGCAACAAGGUUUUCCUCUUGCGAGACUACACCUCUCAAGUGAAUUCCAUCGAGAACACCAAGGGCCAGAAGUGUCGCCUGAGAAUGACCCGCAUGAAGAUGCUCCAUGAGCUGAGCACCCCUGACAACUACAACGUCACCUACGAGUACCACGGACCUACCGGAUUACUGAAGACCAAGCUAGACUCGACGGGACGAUCUUAUGUGUACAAUUACGAUGAGUUUGGAAGACUGACCUCAGCGGUCACCCCGACAGGAAGGGUCAUUGAACUCACCUUCGACUUGAGCGUAAAGGGAGCUCAGGUCAAGGUCUCAGAAAAUGCUCAGAAGGAGAUAUCAAUGCUAAUUCAGGGAUCCACAGUUGUCGUGCAAAACGGAGCGGCCGAGUCGCGCACUACAGUUGACAUGGAUGGUUCGACGACGAGCAUUACGCCCUGGGGACACAAUCUGCAAAUGGAAGUUGUUCCCUACACAAUCUUGGCCGAGCAGAGUCCUCUAUUGGGUGAGAGCUAUCCAGUGCCAGCCAAGCAGCGCACGGAGAUUGCCGGAGACUUGGCCAAUAGAUUUGAGUGGCGCUACUUUGUGCGACGUCAACAGCCUCUGCAGCAAGGAAAACAGAACAAGGGAGCUCCGCGUCCGGUUACUGAAGUUGGUCGCAAACUGCGGGUCAAUGGAGACAAUGUUUUGACUCUGGAGUACGAUCGGGAGACCCAAUCGGUUGUUGUGAUGGUCGAUGAUAAACAGGAGCUUCUCAAUGUUACCUACGAUCGCACCUCACGCCCUGUAAGCUUCCGACCGCAAUCGGGUGACUAUGCGGAUGUUGAUCUCGAGUACGAUCGAUUUGGACGGCUGGUCAGCUGGAAAUGGGGUGUUCUGCAGGAAGCCUACACCUUUGAUCGCAAUGGACGUUUGAAUGAGAUCAAGUAUGGUGAUGGUUCCUCGAUGGUCUACACAUUUAAGGACAUGUUUGGCUCCCUGCCUCUCAAAGUAACCACUCCCAGGAGAUCGGACUAUCUGCUGCAAUACGAUGAUGCAGGCGCUUUACAGAGUUUGACAACUCCAAGAGGUCACAUCCAUUCCUUCUCACUGCAAACAUCGCUGGGCUUCUUUAAGUAUCAGUACUACUCUCCCAUCAACCGUCAUCCCUUCGAGAUUCUCUACAACGAUGAGGGACAAAUUCUCGCCAAGAUACAUCCCCAUCAAUCAGGCAAAGUUGCCUUUGUACACGAUGCUGCAGGACGUUUGGAAACCAUAUUGGCAGGACUCUCAAGUACCCACUACACUUAUCAGGAGACAACGAGUCUGGUGAAGUCCGUCGAGGUGCAGGAGCCCGGCUUUGAGCUACGUCGUGAGUUCAAGUAUCAUGCAGGAAUCCUAAAGGAUGAGAAGUUGAGAUUUGGUUCCAAAAAUCCGUUGGCAUCGGCCCACUACAAGUAUGCCUACGAUGGUAAUGCACGUCUGAGCGGAAUUGAGAUGGCCAUUGAUGACAAGGAACUGCCCACCACCCGCUACAAGUACAGCCAGAAUCUGGGUCAGCUGGAAGUUGUUCAGGAUCUAAAGAUCACACGCAACGCCUUCAAUCGUACGGUGAUACAGGACUCGGCGAAACAGUUCUUUACCAUUGUGGACUAUGAUCAACAUGGACGCGUCAAGAGUGUCCUCAUGAACAUCAAGAGCUUCGACGUAUUCCGCUUGGAACUCGACUACGAUCUACGUAAUCGCAUUAAGUCGCAGAAGACAACUUUCGGCCGAUCGACGGCCUUCGACAAGAUCAACUAUAAUGCAGAUGGACAUGUGAUCGAGGUUCUGGGCACCAACAACUGGAAGUAUCUGUACGACGAGAAUGGAAACACUGUGGGCAUUGUCGAUCAGGGUGAGAAGAUCAACCUUGGCUACGAUAUUGGCGACAGGGUCAUCAAAGUGGGCGACAUCGAGUUCAACAACUAUGACGCGCGCGGAUUUGUGGUACGUCGCGGAGAACAGAAGUAUCGGUACAACAAUCGGGGUCAACUGAUCCACGCCUUCGAACGGGAUCGCUUCCAGAGCUGGUACUACUACGAUGACCGCAGCCGCCUCGUUGCGUGGCAUGACAGCAAGGGAAAUGUGACCCAAUACUACUAUGCAAACCCCAAGACGCCGAUGCUGGUAACACACGUGCAUUUCCCAAAGCAGGGUAAGACCAUGAAGUUCUACUACGAUGACAGGGACAUGCUGAUCGCAUUGGAACACGCCGAGCAACGAUAUUAUGUGGCCACGGACCAGAAUGGCUCUCCACUAGCCUUCUUUGACAUGAACGGAGCCAUCGUGAAGGAGGUGAAGCGCACGCCUUUCGGACGCACUAUUAAGGACACCAAGCCAGACUUCUUUGUGCCCAUCGAUUUCCAUGGUGGUCUGAUCGAUCCUCACACCAAGCUGAUCUACACCGAACAGCGUCAAUACGAUCCCACUGUGGGUCAGUGGAUGACACCACUCUGGGAGACUCUGGCCACUGAAAUGUCGAAUCCUACCGACGUAUUCAUCUAUCGCUACCACAACAACGAUCCCAUCAACCGAAACAAGCCACAGAACUACAUGAUCGAUCUGGACGCCUGGUUGCAACUCUUCGGCUACGAGCUCAACAACAUGCAGAGCAACAGGUACACCAAGUUGUCCCAGUACACACCCCAGGCGAGCAUAAAGUCCAACACACUUGCUCCUGAUUUCGGGGUCAUCUCGGGACUGGAGUGCAUCGUCGAAAAGACGAAUGAGAAGUUCAGUGACUUUGACUUUGCUCCCAAACCACUGCUCAAGAUGGAGCCCAAGAUGCGAAACCUCUUGCCACGUGUCAGCUAUCGUCGGGCCGUCUUUGGGGAGGGUGUUCUGCUCUCGAGGAUUGGAGGACGCGCCUUGGUCAGUGUGGUGGAUGGCUCGAAUAGUGUGGUGCAGGACGUGGUUAGCUCAGUGUUUAACAACUCCUACUUCUUGGAUCUGCACUUCAGCAUACAUGAUCAGGACGUAUUCUACUUUGUCAAGGACAACGUCCUAAAGCUUCGCGACGACAACGAGGAGCUGCGUCGUCUGGGCGGCAUGUUCAACAUAUCAACGCACGAGAUCAGCGAUCAUGGUGGCAGCGCAGCGAAGGAGCUUCGUCUCCAUGGUCCCGAGGCAGUAGUGAUCAUCAAGUAUGGCGUGGAUCCCGAGCAGGAGCGACAUCGCAUACUGAAGCAUGCACACAAGCGUGCCGUGGAGCGUGCCUGGGAACUGGAGAAGCAGCUGGUUGCAGCUGGCUUCCAGGGUCGUGGCGACUGGACAGAGGAGGAGAAGGAAGAACUCAUCCAGCACGGCGACGUUGAUGGCUGGAUUGGCAUUGAUAUACACAGCAUACACAAGUAUCCACAACUGGCUGAUGACCCUGGCAACGUGGCCUUCCAACGCGAUGCCAAGCGCAAGCGUCGCAAGUCCGGCAACAGCCACAGGAUGAGCUCCAACAGGAGACAGCAGAAAUAUGGUGAAGCGAGUGCGUGAGUGGAGGAGGAGCUGGAGAGUGAAGCUGGCGACGGAGCAGUCGAGGAGUAUGAGUACGGGCCGGAGGACUACUUGAUAGCAGUGGAAAAGGUUGCAACGAACAAGAAGAGCAGCGAGGCAACCGAGGAGCAGUUUUUGUAAUUACCUAGGUGAAAUACAGCAGCGAUAAGCACAAUAUAA